UGUUCUCACAGAUUUUGUCGGUUGUUAACAGCGUUCACCAUGAAAUCUUCAUUUGUGUUUGCGGUCGUGUUGGGAAUCAUAAUCGCUCAGUCACAUGUAGGCGAAAGUGGCAGAAUGCCGUGCCUUUCACAGAUUUGCGCAAGCAACCCUUCCAACGAGAUAAGAGGAUGUGAUCGUCAGGGUUGCGGAGGGUAUGGAGCAUCACGAAGUAAACAAGUCGGAGAGAAGACACUGCGCUAUCGUCACAAAGGCAUUGAUAUCGUGUGCGAUCCCGGCUCCGACAUCUACUCACCUAUACCCGCUACAGUUACUCGUGUCCGCAUACCCCUUGGAGGAGCAAAAAAUGUAGGCCGUGUACACAACGUCGGUGUCCUCAUGAAAGGACGUGGAAUAUGGUCAGCCUACGAAGUGACGUUGUUUUACGUGAAAGUAAAAGAUGAAUUGAUGGGAACAGAUGUCGAUGAAGGCACAAUUAUCGGUGAAAUGACUGACAUGGCUACCGAGUAUGGAAAUGAUGGGAAACGCGAUAUGACAAAUCACGUUCACUUGCAAUUGGAGCUUCGUCGUAUGAAUGAGAACGACCCAGAUCGAUACGUCGACACAACUCAUUUCAGAUGUUGAGGCUUUACAGGAUAAGGAACAGUGCACGCUAUGGUACAAAUGACCGGACCGAAACAAGGAAGGAAAAUCCCGCUUCUUAAAGAACGAAUAAGUAGUUUUAAAACGAAUUGCCGCUGUGAAUUUUGUAACUUAAUGGUCAAAUAGAAGUAGAUUUACAAAAAUAAUGUAAUGUUAAAAAGCACGGCAAUAAAAGUAGCGUAAACGUAACCGGUCUAGAAUUAUUAUUGUUACUUUUGAAACAUAUUGACAGCUUGCGUUCUCUGGUUGUUGGUGUUUUUUCUUGUCCUUAACCAGAGAGUGCUCUCUUCUCUGAACUCAGAAGUGGAGGGGGGAGGGGCAGAGGGAUAAGAACCUCCCGCUUCCCCGUACCUUUAUCCCUCGACUCCCGCCCUCAUCCCUCUCGCUCCCGUCCCCUGUAAAUAAGGAGACUCAAAACACAUCAUAGUUAUUUAGGUGUGCAAUCAUUAGGCGUUUCCUUAUCCUCUUUUCCUUUGUUCUCAGCCUUGCUCCUCUUACUCACGUCUUUUGACAGCUUAAGCGACAACAUCUCAUGACCUAUGAUGUAACCACCGUAAAAGGGUUUCCAGUUUUACCGGAAGUAGGUCAGUUUUUCAGCCCAAGGGCGAAUUUUCAUUUUUCCGUCGGCCCAGAAGUCUAAAAAUAGGCUAAAUGUAACGCUUAAUAAAUGAUUCCCGAACUUCCGCUUCCUUCUCUUUCCUCUCCAGCUUCCCGCACCCUAUCUCCCGGGUUCCCGCCCCCUGUCUCCCCCUGCUCAGAAAACUAUCAUUCCCGCACGUUCUCAGAGCUUCCUUUUCUCUUGGUCACAACGCCUUCCAGCGUUCCUGGCUUUAUUACAUACUCAUUCUUGACAAGUAAUUGAAUUAUAUUCUUUUUAUCGCACUAUAUUGUAAGCUAUCUUAGAAGUUUUAGCGGGUUUUUCGUCAUUGUACUGGGAAAACUGCUCAGGUACAGGCUGUAAUAGUUACACAGUACUUGGAUAUUUUGUAGAGGCGCGGUGGGCAGGGCUAAUGGUUUUCGCGCUGGAUUCUGAAUUGUGAGGUCCGGAUUCUAAGGGGGGUGAGGGGGCUCAUUAACGACCUUGAGUUCUUGGGUCUUUAAAGGUAUGGUAAAAUCUUUAUUUAGACACGGUAUUUCCUUCAGGAUUUAACAAUAUUGAAUUAAAUUAGUCUAACUACCUAACUAAUAAAUCACUAAUAACUACUACAAUAAGAGAAAUGAUAAAAAAAAACCUGCUUUACCAGGAAGCCGUGUAUAAAAGCAAAAUGAAACUUACAUAAGACUACCAUCAAAACCAUACUUCUUCAACUUAGAUUUAAAUUCAUCAAGAGAGGGUGACUGACGAAUAUCCAAGGGUAAACUAUUCCACAAUACAGCUCCGCUCUAGGACAGACUUCUUUUACAAUAAUUAGUGCGGGGCUGUGGAAUGGCACGCGAACUGUCACUAUCUCUUAAGUUAUAUGUUAAGGUAUCGGAACGGAAGACAAAGUACGAGCUAAAGCCCCGGCCAAACGAUCGCAACAUGUCAACGCAACAUAUCGCAACAUUGUUGGGCGCAACAUGUUG